AAUGCAACCUGGGAGAGCCCAGGGAAAAAACCUUGCAAGCGUGGCUGCAAAGUUUGCCCCUCUGUUACCCUCAGGCAAAGGAAUGAUUUCGAAAGGCCCAAGGGCUAUUUUUUGCAGGAGCGGUCACUCCCUAAAUUCAGGCAAGGAAAGGGAGGCGUCUGAGCCGAGUCACGCCCCUUUCCCUGUAAACUCGGGCAGCCCCUAGCUUAACGCUCUGGAGUCUGACGAGCGGGCAGUAGCCGCACACCCCAAACUUUCCCCAUGGGUUCGGUUACCAGAGCCGUGUUUGGAGAGCUGCCCUCGGGAGGAGGGACAGUGGAGAAGUUCCGGCUGCAGUCUGACCUCCUGAGAGUGGACAUUAUCUCCUGGGGCUGCACAAUCACAGCCAUAGAAGUCAAAGAUAGGCAGGGGAGAGCCUCAGACGUGGUGCUUGGCUUCGCCGACUUGGAAGGAUACCUCCAAAAGCAGCCGUACUUUGGAGCAGUUGUUGGGAGGGUGGCCAACCGAAUCGCCAAAGGAACCUUCAAGGUGGAUGGGAAGGAGUAUUGCCUGGCCCUUAACAAGGAACCCAACAGUCUGCAUGGAGGAGUCAGAGGGUUUGAUAAGGUGCUCUGGACCCCUCGGGUGCUGUCCAAUGGCGUCCAGUUCUCACGUGUCAGUCCAGAUGGUGAGGAAGGCUACCCCGGAGAGUUAAAAGUCUGGGUGACAUACACCCUGGAUGGCGGGGAGCUCGUGGUCAACUAUAGAGCACAGGCUAGUCAGGCCACACCAGUCAAUCUGACCAACCAUUCUUACUUCAACCUGGCAGGCCAGGGUUCUCCGAAUAUAUAUGACCAUGAAGUCACCAUAGAAGCGGACACGUAUUUGCCUGUGGAUGAAACCCUGAUUCCUACAGGAGAAGUGGCCCCAGUGCAAGGAACUGCAUUCGACCUGAGAAAGCCAGUGGAGCUUGGAAAACACCUGCAGGACUUCCAUCUCAAUGGUUUUGACCACAAUUUCUGUCUGAAGGGUUCUAAAGAAAAGCAUUUUUGUGCAAGGGUGCGUCAUGCUGCAAGCGGGCGGGUACUGGAGGUAUACACCACCCAGCCCGGGGUCCAGUUUUACACGGGCAACUUCCUGGAUGGCACAUUAAAGGGCAAGAGUGGAGCUGUCUAUCCCAAGCACUCUGGUUUCUGCCUGGAGACUCAGAACUGGCCUGAUGCAGUCAAUCAGCCCCACUUCCCUCCUGUGCUGCUGAGGCCUGGUGAGGAGUAUGACCACACCACCUGGUUCAAGUUUUCUGUGGCUUAAGAAAGUGUGAAGAUAUGACUUGGUCCAGGGCUAGGCUUAGCCACCUGUCUCCUGUCCAGAAAAGAGGUGAAGAUUAAGAAGCUCUCAAAAUGAUUCCAUGGAUUAAAAUCAUACAAAUGGUGGCUACCAUAAGAAUCAGUCUGGGUAUUGAUAUCCUUUUCCAUGGCUCCAGGCCAUGUCUAAUGACCAGCUUCAUUCUCUGUGCUGUUCAGAGGGCAGUGAACCCAACCACCAAUGUUGUCAUCUAAGGCCUGGCCCUAGCCAGGGACUCCCAUGCUGCUGUUGGCUCCAUCUCUCCACCCUGCCACUUUCAACUCUUCGCCCUUCUUUUCCUUAAAGCUAUUCUUGCAUUGCUUUUGUUCCUCCUCCUCCACCUCUAACCACCUUACUCUAUUGCAGCACCCCGUUUUCAAAUGUCACAUUAGCUCAAUCUGCAGACUGGCAGAUGGACCUGUUUCCAUACAGUAGUAGAAGAUUGAUAAGUGAGGAAACAGAGGCUUAGAGAAGUUGAGGACCAACAAGCUAAUACCUAAAAAGCUGAGCCAAGACUUGAAUUCAAGUCAUGCAUUCAGGGCAAGUCCGCCUCCUGGCCUCUACCUCGGUCUACCAGGACAUGCCCAGGAUCACUGAGGGGCAGAGGGGUAUGACACCUGCUCUGACUUUUGCAGCCAGCUUUGCUUCUCAGAUUCAUUUUUAUAAGAAACGUUAGGUUUUACUGAACUGUCUCAUAGCAUUAAAGUUGGCAUGACUUAAAGUGCAAGAUCAAAAUAUCCAAAAACAAUCUGUCAUUUACGGCCAGGCAUGGUGGCUCAUGCCUAUAAUCCUAGCACUUUGGGAGGCCAAGGCGGGAGGAUUGCUUAAGGUCAGGAGUUCGAGAGCCUGGCUAACAUGGUGAAAUCCCCUCUCUACUGAAAAUACAAAAAUGCCUGUAAUCUCAGCUAUUCUGGAGGCUGAGACAGGAGAAUCCCUUGAACCCAGGAGGUGGAGGAUGCAGUGAGCCAAGAUCAUGCCACUGCACUUCAGCCUGGGCAAUAGAGCCAAACUUCAUCUCAAAAGAAAAAAAAAAGAGAGAGAAAAAAAACAGCUCUCUCUCUAGUGAGGAGGGGAAUUCCAAGAGGAAAAGGCCGGGAAAAGCCUUUGGGUUAACUGAGAAAGCACAGUCAGGCCAAGGCAUGGGAAGAACGGCAGGCAAGCACUGGAGACAGGAGCUGUGUUAGGGUGAGGAGAGAGCCUUGCUUUCACAGCGCAGCGAGGAUGACACAUUGCACCGGGGACAGGGGUUGUUGUGUUAUGUGACAAGGCUGGGUGGGGCUCUUUCUUUCCUGGACAAUCAAAGCAUUGGUGAUGGAUUUUGGUUGGUGAUUUUUGAAAAAAAAAAAAAAACUAUGUUACACUAAUAUAUACUGUACUGAAUUGAAAUAAAACCAAAAUCAUACAAAUGGUGGCUAUCCUAAGAA